ACAACAGUAAACAAUGAGACAAAAGCUCUCUGUCCUCUGCAGGCGGAUCAGACCCACAGCGCUGCUGUCCUCAGUCUCACUGCAACUUCCAGACUCUCUUGGACUCUCCUGGACUCUCCCUAACUCUCCUGGACUCUCCUGGACUCUCCCAGAUUCUCCUGGACUCUCCUGGACUCUCCUGGACUCUCCUGGACUCUCCUGGACUCUCUCAGAAUCUCCUGGACUCUCCUGGACUCUCUCAGACUCUCCCAAAACCUUCUAAGAAUAUCACAGACUUUCACAGACUUUCUAGGACUCUAUGUGACUCUCAGAGCUGUCCUCGACAUUCGCAGAAGCUCUCGGACACUUCGGGACUUCUCUCGGACUCUCCCUAACUCUCCUGGACUCUCACAGACUUUCCCAAACUUUCUUGGACUCUGCAAGACUCUCUCAGACUCUCCUGGGCUCUCCCUAACUCUGCUGGACUCUCCUGGACUCUCCUGGACUCUCCAGGACUCUGCAGGACUCUCUGGACGGGAACAUGGACCCUAAGCGUCUGUCCUCCAGCUCUCAGCAGCAGGUCCGUCUCAGGAAAAAGAGGACAAAGAGAGAAUGGAGACCGCUGGAGGACCGGAGCUGCACCGAUCUACCCUGGUUCCUGCUCUUCACUGUCUUCUGCGUCGGCAUGGGCAGCAUCUGUGGCUUCAGCAUCGUGACUGGUGGAGCAGCUCGUCUGGUCUUUGGAUACGACAGCUACGGGAACACGUGUGGUCAACGCAACGAGCCAAUCGAAGGCAUCCGGCUCAGCGGCCUCGACCACACAGACAGGAAGUUCGUGUUCUUCCUGGACCCCUGUAACAUCGACAUCGUGCAGAGGAAGAUCCGCUCGUUGGCGCUCUGUGUGUCUCUGUGUCCCAGCGAGGAACUCGCCACCUACCAGGACCUGAAGAGGUUCGCCAUGCUCAACGGUUCAGAGCUGUGUUCCUAUGAGUUAGCAGGUCAUAAAUAUCCUGGUCUACCAGAGAGGUUCUCUAAAUGUCCCAAACUUCCUGUUCCACCCAGUAAGCCGCUGCCCGUGUUUAACCGCUGCACGCCGCUGGACAUCUCGUGCUAUGCUAAGUUUGCGGAGGCCGUGGUGACGUUUGUGGGAGAUAACAGCGUCCUGCACCGCCUGGUGGCCGGCGUGGCCGCCAGCAAAGAGAUCAUCAUCGGCCUGUGUGUCCUCGCUCUGGGCCUGUCUAUGAUCCUCAUGGUGAUCAUCCGUUAUAUCUCGGCGGUCCUCGUCUGGAUUCUGACCUCGCUGGUGGUCCUCGGAUCCCUUGCGGGGACCAGCGUGCUCUGGUGGCUCUACAUCGACCACCGGCUGUACGGGAACGCCACGGUCGCCAUCGCUGCCCCCCCGAAGCUGAAGGAGGCUUCGGGCGAGGAGGAGGCCGCGGCCGCGGUCGGCAAGGACAGCGGCCAGGCGCUGCUCGUCUACGCGGCCGCCGCCACCGUCUUCACCAUGAUCUUGCUGUUGCUGAUGCUGUUCAUGAGGAAGCGUGUGGCGUUGACGGUAGCUCUGUUCGCCGUGGCGGGGAAGGUCUUCGUGCAGCUGCCGCUGCUCUCGCUGCAGCCGUUCGUCACCUUCACCGCCCUGCUGCUGUUCUGGAGCUACUGGGCCCUCACGCUGCUCUUCCUGGGGACCACAGGGAACCCGGUCCAGAACGAGGAGACGGGUCUGACGGAGUUCCGGCUGACAGGUCCGCUGCAGUACCUGACCUGGUACCACGCGGUCGGGCUGGUCUGGAUCACCGAGUUCAUCCUGGCCUGCCAGCAGAUGACUGUGGCCGGCGCCGUCGUCACGUACUACUUCACCAGGGAUAAGAACCGUCUCCCGGUGACUCCCAUCCUGUCGUCGGUGCUGCGGCUGGUCCGGUAUCACCUAGGAACCGUUGCUAAGGGAGCCUUCAUCAUCACGCUGGUCAAGAUCCCCCGACUCAUCCUCAUGUACCUGCACAACCAGCUCAAAGGAAAGGAGAACGCCUGCGCUCGCUGUCUGCUGAAGACCUGUAUCUGCUGUCUGUGGUGUUUGGAGAAGUGCCUCAACUAUCUCAAUCAGAAUGCCUAUGCAGCGACGGCCAUCAACAGCACCAGUUUCUGUACGUCAGCGCGCGAUGCCUUCGUGAUCCUGGUGGAGAACGCUCUCCGCAUCGCUACGAUCAACGCCAUCGGAGACUUCGUGCUCUUCCUGGGGAAGAUCCUGAUCGUCACGGCGACAGCGUUUGCCGGCGUGCUGCUGCUGAACUCCCAGCGUGACUACGCUGAGUGGCUGCUGCCGCUCGCCAUCGUGUGUCUGUUCUCCUUUCUGGCGGCGCACUGCUUCCUGUCGGUGUUUGAGAUUGUGGUGGACGUCCUCUUCCUCUGCUUCGCCGUCGACACCAAGUACAAUGACGGCUCGCCGGGGAACGAGUUCUUCAUGGACAAGGCUCUCAUGGAGUUUGUGGAGAGCAGCCGGCGGUUGGGCCGAGCGGCGGAGCGUGGGCGGAGCCGCGUGAAGGAGGCUGCGUCAGUCGGGGCGGAGAUGAAGCCCAUGGCUCCGGGGCCGAGUUCUGCUUGACCGUACCGGCCGUUUGGGACUAAAGAGACAUUCCAGAAGUUUAUUUUUACGACGUGUAACAUGUUUACUAUGGUUUCACUCCAGGGAGAACAGUAUUUUAAUACGAAACUGUAAAAACGUAACAAUGUAACGAAGCACUUUAUAUAUCUGCAGAUUUUAAAACCCAAUGAUGCAUUUUUUUGUCCUUUUUUAUAAAACAAAACUCAUCGCUCACAAGUUUUCUUUGUUUUUUUACAACGAGAAGAAACAAACUCCAAACUGGGACUGGACGCCAUGUUGGAUCAAGGCGAAAGCUGCUCCACCUCUGAUU